UAUCAUGCUAAUAUGUCUACCGUUUCUAGCUGUACAUCAGUUGUUUGCGGUGUUUGGUAAGUUUAAAGUUAAACAAAGAACUAACGUUAGACAAUAAAGCAGAACGGGCGGAAUCAGAUUUUUACAGCGGGUUAAACGAUUAUAAAAACAAAAAUGGAUAGGUUUUUGAUAUAGUUUUGUAGACUGAGUUUCUCUAUACAUCACAUUCUGAUGAAAGAUAUUCACAGUACGUUAAAUCUGCUUGUUUUUUAUAUAAAUUGUUAGGGUUAUAUUUUUUAGUUGUGUGUUAUGCUGCUGUAAAUCGCGGGCGUCAAGUAAUAAUACAAAGCAAAGUAACUUUACUUUUGAAGUAUAAAGUUUUAUAUUAACCUAAAGUGUGAGUUUUCUACAGAUAUAAACUGAUAUAAAUAUCAUAUUUUAACUACCAUGGUAUUUGGAUUCACCACAAUACUGUACAUUAGGAAUUGUGAUUUUACGCUACAUAAACAUGAGGAGCUCAGAUGCAAAAGCCGCUAAACUCCGUCCAAAAUGAAAUAAUGAUGUUAAAGGAGCUGUGUACGUGUAACAUUGACCUCUAGCGACUGAACUUGGUAUCUAAACUUGGUAUAAACUGAAAAUAUUGGAGAUCUCUCUCAGGUUGUCAGACAUUUAUAACUCAAUAACUCAAUCUGCGUCUCGUUUCGGAGGUUGCGUGCACCAAAGGUCUCAUUUAAGCAACUGUCCCUACCCAAAUAUCCAGCUAUGACAGCAUAACUGGUGAGCUGGUUUUAGCUGAAAAAACAGCUGACCCACCAGCUUGAUCAGCUUUGCCAGGCUAGGAGGACCACCUUAAACCAGCUACUGCCACCCUAAACCAACUAAAACCAGCUACAAGCUAUGUUGGUCUUAGCUGGAUUUUUCUGUAUGGGGUAAUAACUGCCCUGCUGAAAAAACAGCAUAAGACCAGCAUAAUUCCCAUGCUGGUUUGGUCACAUUCAAAAUGUCCUGAAAAUGAUAUGUGAAAAAGAGUGGGAACCCUGUUUUAGGAGUAUAAAUGUUUUUUAUCAGUUUUGUCUUUCUCAGUCUUAUAUUAGACAAUGGGUGCUUCUUAAUUCAUUUCUUAUUUGUGCAUCCUUGUUUCCUUUCCUUGCUUGCUUUCGCGAGGACGGAGGAGACGAAGUAUUAAGUGAAAUGAUAUCCUCUUUCCUUACUCUCUAUAUAAAGUUUAUUUUCUGUUAUCAAAUUAUCAAGUGCACGAAAACCCCUAAAUAUUUAAUAAAAUAAAUUAAAUACAUACCUGAGUUAGAGUUCAUUUCCUUACUACAUUAAAAUAAAGACAUUCUUAAAAGUGCUGUAAAAUUUAUAUACAGUAUGUGUCUAUACCACUGAUCAUUUAUAUAGAUCAGUGGUUUAAACAUAAAUAUUAAAUAUGCAGUCUGAAAUGAGUUUACAUUUACAAAAAUUUAAUGAUUAAUAGCAAGAUUUAUGUGUGUUUAAUGAUGUGACGAUGUGAACGGGGAGGAGAUUUAUACGUGCCUCAGGUUUAGUUGAUAAAACACUUUCGCAUAUUGAGAAGCACCCAAUGUUUAAGUUACACCAGACUUCUCUAUUUUAGGAGUUUAUUUUGUCCUGCACUGUUCACUAUUGGACAAUGUGUAAAAAAACAUUUUAGAUUGCAUCAGAUUUACUUUGUAUUGUUAUAUAAAACAGUGAUUGUUAACUGGUGGGCCUCGUACACAGUGUAGAAUACAGACAAAUGCAUUUUAUUUUUAUUUUUCAGUUGACAAAUCUUGUUAUUGUCACAUAAGAUUGUUCUUAUGAAUUUAUAUAAAUUAAAAUGCUUAGUCAAGAUGUCUGAUCUAAAAGCCUAUUUAUAUUUGAAUAUCACAACAUCAGAGAAUUUUAUUUUAUUCAUAUGCAGUAACACUACGUUACUGUAUGGAUCGUUUUCUGAAAAGAAACCCUGAUGUGGGAGACGCCCAAGUAGCAGUGCUUUGCCUUCUGAGAAUAUAUUCCCAGUUAUAUACUGUUAAAAGAUGUCUGUGUCUCAUAUGACCUUGUUAUUUGUACACGGUGUCACUAUACAAAUCACAACACAUCACUGUAAUCAAUUAUUGGGAGCAGUAUGCUAGCUGGAGCCAUUCACUUCCAGUCUUUGUGCUAAGCUAAGCUAGCGGGGGCUGCAUCAGACAGAGUUACAGCACGCACGGAGAUGAGAAAGAUUACUUCUGUGGCUGUUUUUUCCCUGAGAAAAGCCUUGUGAAAGACAUCCUGUUUACAAACAAAACAAUGUGCUCCAUGAAUCAUCCAUCCAACUGGGUUACAUUUGAUGAUGAAGGGACAUCCUUCUCCUCACCCCAGAAACCACUGCUCUCUUCAAACUCAGGUUUAGUACCGCGCCCAAAUGGUUUGAAACUUGUUCUCCCUUCCAUGGGAAGUGAAACAUGGAGCUUCAGCACAUCCCUGGAAUCCCCAUUGUUGGAUUUAAGCCUUGACGAAAGCUUACAAGUGCCCAGUAACACUCCCAUGUGCACUCCGGUGAAGACAACACCAGCAGGUCAGUCGCCCUUUCAUUAUGGACUUCAGGAUCAACCAGACUAUUUUUCAAGCACUUUUACCAGCUUUUCUCCAGGAUUUCAAAAAGACCCCAAUUCAAUCACCCCAUCCCAAGAUAAAUUGGGUCAUUUAAACCCUGCCUGGGUAGAAGCCGAUCAUAAACGACUGUCUCGGAGCUCAUCGUCAGACUCUGACUCUGGUCCCGGUUUACCUCGUUUCUUCAUCCGUACCAAAGACGGUAACGAGCCGCCCCAGGACCACCCUCAGUACUCCUACUCUUAUAUAUGCCAUGAACUUGAACGACUGAGAACAGAAGAGAACGAACAAGAGGCUAAUGACGGGAAACUGGACAAAGAGAAUUAUAUUUCAGCUUUAGGGAAUAUUCAAGGUAAAGAGAUGAUUAGAACCCCAUCCUUUGUUCCUCAAGGAUUGUUCCUCAGUCAGAGUAGGCACGGUUGGUCAUUGAUGCUCAGAAUUCCAGAGAAAAAGAACCGCAUGUCUUCUCGCCAGUGGGGACCUAUAUACCUGCAGCUGCUGCCUGGAGCUCUACUACAGUUGUUUUACGAGAAGGGCCUGGAGAAACCCUUCAAAGAAUUUCAGCUUCAUGCUUACUGCUGCCUGUCAGGUCCCAAACUAGAGAGUUACGGCGAACCGCGCAAGAUCGCUACAAUGAAGGUUGAGCAUGUGUCGUAUGUCGAAAGAAAACGCUAUCACCCAAAACAUGAGGUAACACACGAAGCAGAAGCGGAGCAACUUUUGAAGUUUGGCACCACUGAAUAUGGUGACAUAGAGGACCUGCUGGCGUCUAUUGAAGAAGAGCUCAUGCGGUUACCAGCAGCGCACCAACAGCACAAACACUAUGAAGAACAGGAGCUGUUUUUGGACAUCUCUGACCAUAUCUGGAUGCGACAGGAUAAAGAUGGAGAUGUUGUCGAAUGCACGUCCAUCACACGAAUUCACUGCUUAGCUUUCUUGAACGGUGCACCAGAGUGCUUCUUGGCACUGAAUGACCUUGGACUUCUUAAACAUUCUCCUACGUAUGGUUCAGAUGAUGAUGAUGAGCCCUGGAUGGAGAUCACAGAUUACCAUUUUCACCAGUGUGUAAGAAAAGCAGAGUUUCUACAUCAGCGGCUGAUUAAAUUCUGUCUCCCUGACGCUUGUCGGGUGGAGCUCAUGCGCUACAAGACCGCGUCCCUCAAUUGCGAGAAAUUGCCCCUGUCCGUUAAAGCUGUGGUGACUGUGCAGGGUGCCUGUGUUGAGCUGCAGGUCUUCCUCAAUGUCCCAUUGAGUUUCCCAUCAUCUGAAAGAACUUCAGAGACAUUCUGUGAAAACAUUUCUAUGCAGAUACCAUUUCCAGGUGAUUGGGUUAAAGUGCCCAACAGUGGGUCACUGCUGCGACAGAAAUCCCUCAAGGCUCGCAUGAACAGAAAUGCAUGCUUGGGCUCGGCACACGUUGCAGAAUCUCACUCUGUCAUGCAGGUGUCUGUUGGCACAGCAAAAUAUGAGAAUGUGUACGGAGCCAUUGUGUGGAGAAUUGACAGACUUCCUCAGAAGAAUGUUGCUGUGGAUCAGCUUCAGUCGUUUGUGUAUAAAUUGGAACUGGCAUCAGAUCAGGAGAUUCCUGCCGAUUGGUUCCCGUUUGUCACAGUUGAGUGUGAGGUUGUCGAUGCUGUGGUUUCCCACACUAGGGUGAAGUCAGUGGGCACAGUUUGUGACAUUCAGCCCCAGAAACAUGUCAACAGCAGAACAUACUAUCACUGCCAGGUGGAAAUCCAUAAGAAGCUGAUUGAGGCCGAAUCGCUGAAGCAAACGAGUUGUGCAGCACAGUGAUGGAGGAUAUCUUCAGAAGUAAAAACAUCAAAGACUGAUGUUGCUUGCAUUGAUUUUUCAAGCUGUAUAGUAUAUAAUUAAACAUGUAAAAAGCAAUGAAUUACAGAUUUGCUUUUAUUGUAGUAUUGUUUUUUUUCCAAUUAUUUUAUAAAGCCUCUGUACUCCAAAGCCUUCAUUUCAUUAAGUAAAUGUAUACAUUUUAUACCGUAAAAAUAAUGCAACUUUAUAUUGUUUUCAUACAAUAACUUUUAAACAUUUGUGUUGGUUUAGUAAGUUAGAGUAUUGCUGCACUUUACCCCAAGUUCCUAAAAAAAUGUAGUUUUAGCAGAAAAUAUUGUCUAUAAUGUUUUUUAGCAUUAUAGUACAGUCAUACAUUUAUGAUUUAUGCAACUAUUGAUAUGUUUUGAUCAAUCUUAAUUAUUAUAAGAAAUGUAUAUACUGUAUUAAAGGAAAGCAGAAUCCUCAGAAACAUGUUCUUCUAGAACUGCGUACAUAUAUAUGAAUAGCUGCUUAAGAUUACAUACCAAAAAAGUUA